AUGAUCAAACAUACCUUGGCUCAGCCGGUUACCCUUUCGGCCAUCACCCUUGGCGUGGAAACUGGCCUCUUUUCUAUCUUGGUGCAAGGCGACGGCUCACCAUGGGCGCUUAAAGAGUUGGCGAGUAAAUUGGAAAUGCAAGAAUCUUUUCUUGGCCGCCUUAUGCGCCACUUGGCGGCGAUGGGCUAUCUUAUUGAGACUGGUCCCGACAAUUACCUGCCUACCAACUUCACAAGGGCGUUGACUCUGCCCCUUAUUAGUGCUGGGUAUCCAUUGACAUUGAACGCGUUCAUGAGGAGCUGGGUCAAGUUCCCAGCGUGGGCCCGAGAGCACAAUUACAUGGCACCCGAAAGCACCUUGAAAACUGUGCUCCAGUAUGCCUUUAAUACUGACCUCAACAUGUUUGAUUUCUUCCACUCCCGGCCCCCAAAUGGCGUGCAUUUCGACAAUCUUAUGACCGGGUAUCGACAAGGGCGGCCCCACUGGAUGGAUGCCGGCUUCUACCCUGUGCAGGAGAAACUCAUCCAAGGGCUGAAGCCGGGUGCGGACGCUGUACUUCUGGUUGAUAUUGGCGGUGGUUUGGGACAGGACAUCGUAAGGUUCCAGUCUCAGUAUCCAGAGGCGCCUGGUCGUCUUGUACUGCAAGACCAAGCGGUCGUAACCAGCAAGAGCAUUGGAAUACACGACAAAAUCGAGACUAUGUCAUACGACUUCUUUACCGAGCAACCGGUUAAAGGGGCCAGGGCGUAUUACCUACACUCUGUUCUGCACAACUGGCCCGACAAGGCUUGUGUUCAGAUCCUAAAGCGCGUCAAGGAAGCUAUGGAGCCGGGAUAUAGCCGGCUACUUAUUAACGACCAGGUAGUCCCCCGGACUGGUGCCCAUUGGGAAGUAACGGCCUUGGAUCUCGAGAUGAUGGUACUGCUCGGAGCGCGCGAGCGAGUUGAGGAAGAGUGGUAUCAACUCCUCGAAAACAUGGCAGAUUUGCGGGUCGAAAAGAUAUGGACGCUCGCGAAUGGCCUCGAGAGUGUCAUAGAGUGCGUGCUUCGCUAG